GGGUCCCAUGUCAUUGACGGUCAGCGCCGGCUGUGAAGGGGACGGAGGGAAGCAUUGUCUGCCCCGGGAGAGGAACCGAGUGGAGGAGAAUUAAUAAUAAAAAUAAGAAACAACGGGGGAGGGACUCGUUCGCGAAUUGCUUCUUUUCCCCCCCCCCCCGCCCCCGCCCUUCUUCGUCAUCACAGUGGCUUCCAAGGCAUCGGCAGAGCUGCGGUGAGAUCAGGAGGCGAAAACAAAAAUGCAUCGAUUAAGGACUUGUGCUGCUAAGCUGAGGCCACUGACGGCCUCUCAGACUGCUAAAAAAUUAUCACACAACGGGCCAGUAGUGUCUAGGACGUUUCAGCAAGGUCGCUUCUAUACAGCGCCUGUGGCAGCUGAGCCCUUUCUGAGCGGGACUAGUUCGAACUAUGUUGAGGAAAUGUACUUUGCGUGGCUUGAGAACCCACAGAGUGUUCAUAAGUCUUGGGAUGUGUUCUUCCGAAAUGCCAAUGCAGGGGCGGCGCCAGGCACAGCUUACCAAAGUCCUCCGCCGUUGGGUGCCAGCAUGGCAUCUCUGUCCAGCGCCCAGUCGGUGAUGGUGGCUCAGCCCAACGUGGACAAGUUGGUGGAGGAUCACCUGGCAGUGCAGUCGCUCAUCAGAGCUUAUCAGAUCCGGGGUCACCAUGUUGCGCAGCUCGACCCACUAGGAAUCCUGGAUGCGGACUUGGAGUCGUCCCUUCCAGCUAACCUAGUCACCAGCUCAAACGGACUUGACAUCGCAGUCUGCAAGGAGCGCCUGAAAAGAUUGACGGUAGGAGCAUUUUACGGCCUGGACGAGUCGGACCUGGACAAAGUCUUCCACUUGCCCACAACCACCUUCAUUGGUGGCAAUGAAACAGCCCUUCCUCUCCGGGAGAUCAUUCGCAGGAUGGAGAUGUCUUACUGCCAGCACAUUGGCGUGGAGUUCAUGUUCAUCAAUGACCUGGAGCAGUGCCAAUGGAUCAGGCAGAAGUUUGAGACCCCGAGGGCCAUGCAGUUCACCAACGAAGAGAAGCGCACCCUUCUGGCUCGGCUUGUCCGCUCCACCAGGUUUGAGGAGUUUCUGCAGAGGAAGUGGUCGUCUGAGAAGCGCUUUGGGCUGGAAGGCUGCGAAGUUCUGAUCCCCGCGCUGAAGACCAUCAUCGACAAGUCCAGCGAGAGCGGUGUGGACAACGUCAUCAUGGGUAUGCCUCACAGGGGCCGGCUGAACGUGCUGGCCAACGUCAUCAGGAAGGAACUGGAGCAGAUAUUUUGUCAGUUCGACUCGAAGUUGGAAGCCGCGGAUGAGGGCACCGGGGACGUGAAGUAUCAUCUGGGAAUGUACCAUCGGAGAAUCAACCGGGUCUCGAACCGGAACAUCACGCUCUCUCUGGUGGCGAACCCCUCCCACCUGGAGGCGGUCGACCCUGUGGUACAAGGCAAGACCAAGGCUGAGCAGUUUUACCUCAGUGACACUGAAGGCAAGAAGGUCAUGUCUAUUCUACUGCAUGGCGAUGCUGCAUUUGCAGGACAGGGAAUAGUCUACGAAACCUUCCACCUGAGUGACCUGCCCUCGUAUACCACCCACGGGACGAUCCACGUGGUGGUCAAUAACCAGAUUGGCUUCACCACGGACCCGCGGGUGGCCCGCUCCUCUCCGUACCCGACGGACGUGGCCCGGGUGGUCAACGCCCCCAUCUUCCAUGUGAACGGCGAUGACCCCGAGGCAGUGAUGUACGUGUGCAACGUGGCUGCGGAGUGGCGGAGCACCUUCCACAAGGAUGUGGUGGUGGAUCUGGUCUGUUACCGCCGGAACGGCCACAACGAGAUGGACGAGCCGAUGUUCACGCAGCCCCUGAUGUACAAGCAGAUCAAGAAGCAGAAGGCGGUGCUGAAGAAAUACGCCGAGAAACUCACCUCCGAGGGAGUGGUCACUCAGCAGGAGUUUGAGGCGGAAAUGGCGAAGUAUGACAAGAUCUGCGAGGAGGCCUACACCCGCUCCAAGGACGAGAAAAUCAUGCACAUUAAGCACUGGCUGGACUCUCCAUGGCCUGGUUUCUUCACCCUCGACGGGCAGCCAAAGAGCAUGAAGUGCCCCUCCACGGGCCUGAGCGAGGAGACCCUGGCGCACAUCGGGAACGUGGCCAGCUCCGUGCCAGUCGAAGACUUCACCAUCCACGGAGGUUUAACCCGCAUCUUAAAAGGCCGUGGUGAGAUGGUGAAGAACCGCACUGUGGACUGGGCCUUAGCUGAGUACAUGGCCAUUGGCUCCUUGCUGAAGGAGGGUAUUCAUAUCCGGCUCAGUGGGCAAGACGUGGAGAGAGGAACGUUCAGCCAUCGCCAUCAUGUGUUGCACGACCAAAACGUGGAUAAGAAGACUUGUAUUCCCAUGAACCAUCUGUGGCCGAACCAGGCUCCGUACACCGUGUGUAACAGCUCUCUGUCCGAAUACGGCGUGCUGGGUUUUGAGCUGGGGUUUGCGAUGGCCAGCCCGAAUGCGUUGGUCAUGUGGGAGGCGCAGUUCGGAGAUUUCCACAACACCGCCCAGUGCAUCAUCGACCAGUUCAUCAGCCCCGGCCAGGCCAAGUGGGUCCGGCAGAAUGGCAUUGUCCUGCUGCUGCCUCACGGCAUGGAAGGAAUGGGCCCAGAGCAUUCCUCGGCCAGACCGGAGCGCUUCUUACAGAUGUGCAAUGACGACCCUGAUGUUGUGCCGAAACUGGUGGAAGACUUUGCAGUGCAGCAGCUGUAUGAUGCCAACUGGAUUGUGGUGAAUUGUUCCACACCCUCCAACUACUUCCACGUGCUGAGGAGGCAGAUCCUGCUGCCGUUCCGCAAACCGCUCAUCGUCUUCACCCCCAAAUCACUGCUGCGCCAUCCUGAAGCGAAGUCCAGCUUUGACAUGAUGCUGCCAGGUACGGAAUUCCUGCGCGGAAUCGUGGAGGAUGGGCCCGCUGCUCAGAAACCAGAAGAGGUUAAAAGGCUGCUGUUUUGUACUGGUAAAGUAUAUUACGAGUUGGCAAAGGAACGCAAGAGCAGGGGCCUGGAAGCGGAGGUUGCCAUCACCAGGCUGGAGCAGCUCUCUCCUUUCCCGUUUGACGUGGUGGAGGAAGAGGCCAAGAAGUACGCCAACGCUGAGCUGGUCUGGUGCCAGGAGGAGCACAAGAACCAGGGCUACUAUGAAUACGUGAAGCCGCGCAUCCGUGCCACCACCCGCCGAGAGCGCCCAGUCUGGUACGUCGGGCGUGAGCCUGCCUCCGCCCCGGCUACGGGCAACAAGAACACCCACCUGCACGAGCUGAAGCGAUUCCUGGAGACCAGCUUCAACCUGCAGGCCUUCCGCGGCCUGGACAACUAGGAGGCCCCGUCUCCGGACCCGCUUCGAUCACCACCCCACCCCUCGAGCGUCCAUCUUCCGUCCUCGCUCCCCGGGACUAGGCCGUGCAUGCCUACUGAGAUGUAACUCCUACGACUUUGUGAGAGCCUUGUAUCUGCAGCAUUUUAAUUUCGGAUAGGGCAAAAAAAAAAAAAUCUCUGUUCGAUACGGGAACCACGAAGCAGUGGAAAGGGGGACAAAAAAAAAAGAACCCAGCCCACCAGCGUGCUUGACGUUUCACUCUCCCUCCUCUUCAAAUGUAUCGUUUAGUUGAACGGGGCAGUUGCAGUAACAAAAGAAAAACGUGUGGUUUGUACAUUUUGUGAAUAAGGAAUUUUUCUAUUUCUGAACUAGCCGUGGGCUAAACUCCUGGUCGAUGGCUGGAUCACGUUCCGAUUUUAGCUUCCGCCCCCACCCCCCCCCCCACCCCCAAUCACAACACUCCCUGCUCCCCCCUCUCUCUUUCCCACCUCCCCCACGCGUUCUGCCCAAGAUUUGAAGCAGUUUGCGAGAAGGCAUUACACUUUCAGUCCGUGCCAAAAUCAAAGACGACGCCGUUUUCCCUCGCCUCUCCACAGAAGAGCUUUCUCUUGAUGACCCACCUCUUGCGGCCGCGCAGUAGGAAGAACUGACUUUAUUUAUUUUGGUACAAAUUUAAGAGAGUUUUCAACUGAAUAGAGCUUCAUCAAUAAAGAGACAUUGUCCUCA